GGAUUAUCCUUAGCCUAUCUCACCUCGCGGGCGUAUCUGUCUUGUUAAUUGUCAGCGCGACAAGGAGCCCGAGCUCGCUAGUCUCGGCGCUUGUCCACGGUAAGUCUUAGGCCUUAAAGUUGGGAAGGAGAGCGGGAGGUGAGGUUCUUUUGCAAAGCCUGGUGAACUCGCUUGGUGCACUUGUUGUUGUUGGUCCAUCAUAUAUCCUUAGGGGGAAGAGUAGAAGCCCUGCUACAUCGUUCUCUUGUUGUGGGGCUGGGGAGGAUGCCGAUGCCGCCAGGUGAUGAUCAUGGUGAUUCGUCUGUGGACUCGGAGGAGAUGCAGGCUCGCUUCUGUGAAGAAUGCAGGGAAGACAAGCCUCAUUUCUUCAAGAUCAUGACAAAUGGCUCUGCUAAGCGACUCAGGAUACCACCUUCAUUUUUAGAACAUAUUAAUGUAUCUUCUCAUCACGCCAUAUUGAAGGGGCCAAGUAAUAAUAUCUGGCGUGUGGAAAUAAAGCAAAUUUGUCAUGGCACGAUCUUCAGGAAAGGCUGGAAGAGGUUUCGUAGAGAUCAUUGCUUAGAAUUUGGUGAUUUUCUAGUUUUCAGAUAUGAUGGCAACAUGCAUUUUAGUGUUCAGAUAUUUGAUAGAUCUGCAUGUGAGAAAGAAAGUGCAUUUCAUGUGAAAAAUUCAAAAGGAAAUGUCCCACCCACAGAAUGUCAGGUUGGAUUUGAAAGUGGAAAAAACAUGCGAGCAGCAUACUGGGCAUCAGAACAUAAGAAAGGUUCAAAUGGUACUGUAGAAAAAUCAAAAGAACAAGCUGAACGCCCCCUUCGACGUGGUAUUAUUUCACAAAGGAGAGCUAUCACAGAUGAAGAAAAAGAAAGGGUACUUGCAGCUGCAAGUUCAUUUCGGUCAGAUAGGCCUUAUUGUAGAAUAGUUAUGGCGCCAUCUUAUGUUUAUUUUGGGUUUUUUAUGCAUCUUCCUACCAAGUUUAGAAACUAUCUUCCUUCCACUGCUAGUGAUUUGACUCUUUGGGACCCGAGUGGAAAACCAUGGCCUGUACGCUAUGUAUGUUCUUCCCUUUAUGGAGGACUAAGUGGAGGAUGGGUAAAAUUUACUCUUCACCAUAACAUUGAAGAGGGAGAUGUAUGCAUCUUUGAGCUUAUUAAAGAGAAGGAGUUGAAAGUGCAUAUUUUCCGAGUUGUAGAAGAAAUUGUUCCUCUACAGAGGAAGAGGAGCACCCGCAACCAUUGUUUCGUUAGUUGAUGCUUUUGCUAAGCCUUCCAAUGGUGUUGUUUCAUUUGAAAACUGCAUGUUAGUCUUCUAAAUUGUGGUACUUUCUUAUUGAUGUGAAAAUAAGCCAAUGAGUGAAGUCUGACUAGGCUUUUAUUAAUCAA